AUGUCGGAGGUGACAUCAGUGGAGUAUGUUGUCUGCUCUUCAAUGGAGGCCUGUGGGAUGUCUCCGAAGUAGUCGUCGUACGUUUCCAGCACCUCGUCGACAGCUUCUGUCAGGAUUUCCUCGUCUGAAGGAGAAACCAUCGUGUUGGUCACGACUGCUGCGUUAUUGAGGACUCUGCUGCACAGGGAAUAGCGGUUGUUCUCAAAGAAGGACGACGUCCAAGAUGGUGAGCAGGGGACGGGCUUCUCGGACGAGUCUCUGCUGUUGCUAAUCGUGGGAGAUCCCCUCGAAUGUUGGCGCAUGUCGCUAGUCAUGCUUCCUUCAGAAGUCUCAUCGGACUCCAACUGAGUGAUGGCUGAGGAGGAUCCAUGAGAGGAGCUGCUGGUGCUGCAGGGUCGGUCUCGGAAUUUCUGCUUUGAAAGGGGCAGGGUCAGGCUCAGAUACUCCUGCUGAAAUUUCCUCUUCUUGCCUGAGUCGGGGGAGCUGUGCUGAUGUUCUUCCUCGUGCCCGAAUCUGUCCCAAUGGAGACGGUCGCAGACAUAAGUUGCGCGGGAAUUCAACGGAAAUCAGGAACUAGAUAGAAGGGAAAAUAUCCGGGAAGCAGCAGCGGUCUGUGCCAGAAGGAAUUGAUGAUCUACGAAGGAAUUGAAAUCUACAAAACAGAUCUGGGUUCCUCAUCUGCCCCUUCCUGCACAUCACUGAUAAUCCCCGGCGGCGGCAGACAGGAAUCCCCUUUCCUUCAGCGACCCAGAAGAGGGCCAACCACGAACUAGAUUCCCACAUUCGUACCAGGCCUUGAGAGAGAGAGAACGGUUGCGCAGUUGAUAAAUACAUGGCAAAUCACGAGCGGAGAACAAUAAAAAGAGACAAAGAACGAUCGGAACUCGCCCAAACCUGAAGUCAACCAGUAGAGCGCGCUUGCCUUCGUCCAUCGCCGGAACCCCCGAGUUGCAGAGGCUUACGUGGGGUUUCUCCCCCCACACGAGCUCUGUCCUGCGAAGAGGAAGAAUGGCAAAAAACAUUGGGUUUUCUUCCAUUCGGCACUUUCACACUUGCCGUUGCCGUUAGGAGAUGGACGGCGAUGGAGACGGUCCAAAAAGACUACCGUUUGUUUUAA